AUGGGUCGAAACAUUAUUUUGAAAGACCUCCAGGAUAGCAUCAUCUACAGCGUAAUGGUGGACAGCACCCAAGAUAUAGCUGUCAUGGACCAAUUGGCAAUAUGCGUCCGCUAUGUCGUUCAAGGAAAAGUGUAUGAAAGACUUUUAGAGAUUGCAGUUGUAAAUGACUCAAGUGGACUUGCGUUGUACGAGCUUAUAAAAUUAAAAUUAUCUGAGUAUGGCAUUGCAAUGUCAAAUAUUAUUGCUUGUUCGUUUGAUGGAGCUAACAACAUGAAAGGCUGUUACAAUGGGCUACAAGCCUAUUUAAAAAAAGAAAAUAAAGACCUUAUUUAUACUCACUGUAUGGCACACGUACUUAACCUAGUUGUAGCGGACUCAACAGUAAAGUUACUACAAGCUGAGAACUUGUUUGGGUUGGUGGAAGAAUCUGCGCUAUUUCUUAGCUCAUCGCACAAGAGAAUGGCCGUCUGGGAAAAGGAAACAAAAAGAAAACAUACUGCUCAUGACAAGUUUUACAGAGUGCAAAAAAUAGAAGCAACAAGGUGGUGGAGCAAACAUAAGGCUCUUUCAUCAAUUGUUGAUGAAGAAUUCUUAAUCAACUGUGCGAGGAUGAGUAUUGAAGAAAGAUUUUGCGCAAACAAAGACGUUUUACAGGAUUGCUCUUGGUUAGACCCCAAAAAGUUUGACUCUAUCUUGAAACUCGAAACAUUUCCCACAGAAGCCCUGCGCAGUGUUUCUAAACUGUGUAAAAUUGAAAGAAGUCGACUGUUGAUGGAGCUGCGACAGUUUGCACAACAAUACAGCAACUUCAUAGCGGCAGAGUCCACUGAGAACUACGGAGACAGAUGUAAUGACGAAGAAGACGAUUUGGACCCAACCGAAGAAUCGGAAAAAAAUGCUGAUAUUUACUGCUCUAAAAAUAGACAAUGUUUCCAGUGUUUGACAUGUGCUUUUUCUGUUCUGUUUGAACUUACUCAAUCUGGACUGUUUACCAACCUGUAUAUUGCAUAUAAAUUUAUUCUUGCCAUACCUUGUACCCAAGUCACAUGUCAACGAGUUUUUUCUAAACUUAAAAUAGUCAAAAAUUGA